GCUUAUCUACCUCGUAUUGUCUAUUUUCUACAUCGUUCACACAUGUUUUACAUAAUACCGUUAAUAUAAGUCGCUUACGGUUUACGUCAUUGUAUCAUUACAAAAUAAAAAUGGAACCUAUGACACUAGGAUCACCGUCCCAUGACAGCCCACAAAAACCAACUUAUCUUCCCGGAUACUUGAUGGGUGAACGCGCUCAAUCUCCUAUUAGUAAUGUUUCCCUCAAUACUAUGUCACCAGUGCGAACUAAUCGUAGUUAUACUUCGGAUGCGCAUACAACAUUUUUAAUGCGUAAUUUUCAUCAUGAGUUGAUAGAUAAACCAUCUUCCACACCUAUUUUAAAUAGAGUCAAUGAUGAACCAACCAAAGCACCUACAAUUGAUUUAUUUGACAUGCUUAAUACAUCUGAUUAUAGAGAAGAAAAAUGUAACAAUAAAGAGAACAAACAAUUUUAUUCAGAAAAAAAUGAUUUGUUCGAACAGUCUAAUUCUCCUGAGUUUUGGAUAACAGUUUUUGGUUUUUCAAUAUCGAAUAAAGAUGAAAUAUUAGCAAAAUUUACACAAAUGGUAUCUUGUUGCGAUGUAAGACAAGCUGGUCCAAAUUGGGCACAUAUUUGUUUUAGUGAUUCUACAGAUUAUCAUCGUGCCCUUUUAUUUAAUGGUCAUGUAACUAAUAAUGGAGCAAUGAUUGGAGUUAUUCCUUGUAAUGAUAAGACAAUUUUAAGUGAAACAAAACCUAUUAAUUCACGCCCUAGUCCAAGUUCAGGAGCUUUGUCUAAAUCUCUACGGUCACCAAUUCUAGGUCAACAAUUUCCUAGUCCAAAUGAUUCAAUUUCUAAGAGAAAUAAUAUAAGACCAAUGGCUAUGAAACCUAUACCUAUUCAAGGAAAAGAUAAUUCACCUACAGCUACAACUUCAAAUGGUGUCGUAACAAAAGCUUUGGAAUAUUUGUUCGGGUGGUAGGUAAGAAAAUUUAAAAAAAUAUUUGUAUGACCGGUUAUAUUUAAGCUGUUGUUAUUACUUAAAUAAUUUUUCUCCAAUUCAUUUUGUAAUAAUUACCAACUAAAAUCAUUGUUAUAGUUGGAGUUUCAAACUUGCACAAAUAUAUUAUUUAGAUUUUAAU